UCUACACAACACCACCAAAAAAGAAAUUAAAUUUGCUUUAAACAACAACAAAAAGAAAAAAAAAAAAAAAAAUCUUUUUGAAAAUAAAAUUAUACAUGGCGGCGGGAAAGACAACGUUCGCAAUUUUAAUGGCAGUGGCGCUUAUCGCCUCGGCUAUCCCUCGAGGCGAGGCUGCAAUAAGUUGCGGGGCAGUGGCCAGCGCCGUCAGCCAAUGCAUAGGUUAUCUAACUGGACCCGGUACUACUCCCCCAGCGGCGUGCUGCGGCGGGAUUAGAAGCCUCAACGCCGCCGCCAGAACCACCGGGGAUCGACAAGCUGCGUGCAAUUGCUUAAAGAAACUUGGCGCGGGUAGGUCCGGGCUUGUUGGCAAAGCUGCCGGUCUCCCCGGAAAGUGCGGUGUCAACGUAGGCUACCCGAUAAGCACGAACGUCGAUUGCUCGAGGGUUCGUUGAAGCUCAUUUCAGAUAUGCAGACACUCCCCACGUGACUUUUCGAAGAGAUAGACGACAUACAUAUAUAUACAUAUAUUAUAUAUAUAUAUAUGUGUAUGUAUGUAAUAAUAAUUUAAAAAAUAAAUAAAUACUUUGGAGGCCCUUUGGGUAUAUCCAUCGACUUAGGUUCAAUCUUACGUUGUAAUGUUUUUUCUUACACGUGCCAGUCACAUGUACUCUACUGUACUGUACUGUAAAAGUCACCCUACGUGACUCUAUAUUAAUGUUAAUGCAUUGUGUUUUCCCUUA